GCGUUUAACACCAGACCAGGGUAAAUUAAACGAAUUUUUUGGGUUCCGUUUGGGGAAAGAGAAAGGAAAAAGGAAAAUGGGAGCGGAAGAAGACCAGAGAAAGCAAGAGAACGAACAACCAACCAAUAAUCCAAUUACUGAAUCCCAAUUCCUCGCUUGGAAGCGCCAAAAGGAUGCAGAUACAUCAGCUAAGAAAGCUGAGGCAGCUAGAAAGCGUGCUGAAGAUAUAGCAGCCGGAACCGUGCAAAUGAAUGGACGGGAGCUUUUCUUACAUGAACCUUGGGUGUUUGAUAACUCCCAAUAUUAAGUUAGUUUCAAGGAAUGACCAUGAAACAUUGAUUUCAGUAGGUGAUACUGCAUAGAUGCUCUGCCUCUCGAGUUCCCGGUCUUAAAUGUCUGUUUCUUCAAGAGAAAGUAAAAUAAGUCCUAUUGGAAAAACAGGUACUUUCUAGGUUUCCGGUUACAGUGUCGACAAUGUAUUAAAUCAUUUUACUCUUUCCCCUUUGUUGAUGCUUAGACUACCUGGAUCAAUUUAUUAUUGCCAUAUUGUUCGAUGAACUCUUUUUUGUUACUGUUUUAUGGAUUUAGCAUUUGAUUGCCAUGUUCAUGUA